AUGCGACUUCUCAGCCUUCCUUCUGCGCUUCUCGCACUGCUUGCGAUCAGUGAUGUCUCCUCCGCGACACACACUUCAAAUUGGGCGGUGUUGGUCAGCACAUCGCGUUUCUGGUUCAAUUACCGCCAUCUCGCGAACACCCUCAGCCUCUACCGCACCGUCAAGCGUCUUGGUAUACCCGACAGCCAGAUUAUUCUCAUGCUUCCUGACGAUAUGGCAUGUAACCCUCGCAACUCCUUCCCCGGGAGUGUCUUCAAUGACAAGAGCCGCUUGCUUGACCUCUACGACGAUAAGGGGACACUCGAGAAUAUGGCGGCCGGCAUGGGAGGUAUAGAAGUGGAUUACCGCGGCAAUGAAGUCACCGUCGAGAAUUUCAUUCGUCUCCUCACCGAUCGAUGGCCUGCGUCACAUCCGACUUCCAAACGCCUCAUGACCGAUGACCGAUCCAACGUCCUCAUAUACAUGACCGGACACGGAGGAAAUGAGUUCCUCAAAUUUCAGGACAGCGAAGAGAUAUCGUCAUUUGACCUGGCGGAUGCGUUCGAGCAGAUGUGGGAGAAGAAGCGAUACCAUGAGAUGCUGUUCAUGAUUGAUACGUGUCAGGCGAAUACCAUGUACCCGGCGUUCUACACACCGAAUAUCAUUGCUACCGGAAGCAGCGCAAAAGACCAGAGUUCGUACUCACAUCAUGCGGACCAAGAUGUGGGCGUAGCGGUCAUUGAUCGGUGGACAUACUACAACUUGGAAUUCUUGGAGACGAGACUGAACAGCACGAGCGCGGAUGUCAGACUCGGUGAGCUCUUCGAUUACUAUACGUUCGACAGAGUACACAGCGAUGCUGGUGUGAGGUAUGACCUCUUUCCAGGUGGAGAAGACGCAGCCAGGAAUCUCAGAGUGCUGGAUUUCUUCGGAAGCGUACAGGGGGUUGAGACGGAAGCUGCUACAAGUGGGAAUGCGAACGAAUGGAAGGAGGAUCUAGAAGCUUUGAAGAAAAUCAUGGAGAGGCAGAGGGCUGAGGCGAUCAAUGUCACGGUCGCAAAGGAACCAGAAGUGGUGUCGAAGAGCCGACAGCAGAACAGAGUGGCUCUCGAUAUGGCACAGAAAGGAGAUGACUGGGUAAAGAAGGCCGCAGGUUUGGCAUCUCUGCUUGUACUUGGUGCCGCUUGGCUGGCUUCAAGCGCGUUGGCCAAGAGUGCUUGA